AUUUCUCACACACACAAAAAAAAAACACUACUACUUUUGAAGAAGAAUACCAAAAUUCAAUUGAUUAAAGAUAAAAAAAAAAAAGUUCAUCAAGUUAAAGAAAAAAAUGGUUAGAGCUCCUUGUUGUGAGAAGAUGGGGUUGAAGAAAGGGCCAUGGACUCCAGAAGAAGAUCAAAUUCUCAUCUCUUACAUUCAAUCAAAUGGUCAUGGCAAUUGGAGAGCCCUCCCUAAACUAGCUGGAUUAUUGAGAUGUGGAAAGAGCUGCAGACUUCGUUGGACAAAUUAUUUGCGUCCAGAUAUUAAAAGAGGAAAUUUCACAAGAGAAGAAGAAGAUAGCAUUAUUCAAUUACAUGAAAUGCUUGGCAAUAGAUGGUCUGCGAUAGCAGCUAGAUUACCGGGACGAACAGAUAAUGAAAUUAAGAAUGUAUGGCACACUCACUUGAAAAAAAGGCUUAAAAAUUAUCAGCCUCCUCAAAACUCCAAAAGACACUCAAAAAACAACAAUGAUUCCAAAGCUCCUUGUACUUCUCAAAUUGAUUUGAAAAGUUCAAACAAUUUUAGCAACAACCAACAAGACGGGCCCGGGCUUGGGUCCGGCCCGAACUCUCCACAAUUGUCAUCUAGCGAGAUGUCGACUGUCACGGCCGAUUCACUAGCCGUGACAAUGGGCAUCUCGAAUGGUAGUGAUCAAAUGGACUCAUCUGAAAAUUUUAUCCCAGAGAUCGACGAGAGUUUUUGGACAGACGAUUUAUCCACGAGAGGUGGUGAAGAAUUACAAGUUCAAUUUCCAUUUCAUGACAUGAAGCAAGAAAGUGUGGAGAUGGAUGUUGGAGCAAAAUUAGAGGAUGACAUGGACUUUUGGUACAAUGUUUUCAUAAAGUCUGGGGACUUAUUAGAGUUACCAGAAUUUUGAGGGGUUAAUUUUGUUGUUUUCAAAACUUGAAGUAGUGGAAUGCCAACUAAUUAUUAGUGGUGCUUUGGGAUUUUUU